GAUAUGUGCAGGCGACUAGACUUAUCACCAGACAGGUACGUGUUCGUGACCUAGUGCCCGUGGGACGUGGUCAUUCACACGUGUUUCUGUGUUCUGAAGAGUAAGGUCUGACAUUCACAGUGGUCAAGCGUGUAUAAAGAUGUCCAAGCCAAGGAAGAUACUACUGGCCAUGGACGGCAGUUCUCACUCUGAGUUUGCUUUUGAAUGGUAUACGACCAACCUGAUGAAGUCAGAUGACCAGCUUGUUAUAGUCAGCGCACUUGAACGUCACACCGGCUUGUCCACUGCCCUGGGCAGUGCCGACAUACAGUCCCUGUGUAGUAUACUGGAGGAGGAGUCCGACGAACACAGGAUACUUGUGAAUAACUUAACCAAAAAACUGGAGUCCACAGGAUUGAAAGGGAUGGUGAAAACACAGCUUGGUAAGGCCGGAGAAGUAGUGGUCAAAGUGGCGAGUGAGGAACAUGUUGACCACAUCAUCUGUGGGUCGAGAGGUCACAGCCAGAUAAGGAGAACGCUCAUGGGUAGCCAUAGUGAUUAUAUCUUACAUCACGCGCACGUGCCGGUGACGGUGUGUCGCCAUCCCAAACAUAUGCACAUAGCGACAGUUGCCGGGUCGUUAAACUCUCUUGACAACACCGAUGGCUAAUUCUAUCACCAGCAUUAUCAACAUGGACAUAUGAUUGAUGUCUGUAUUGCGUUAGUUAUUUUGGCAACUUCGAUACGAGGAAAAUAAAUUAUCUCUGCAUCAAAAAUACACAAAUAAACAACUUGUAAAUUGUCAAAGAUUUGACGAAUCAAGAAUCCUGAUCGAUCAAAUAAAUAACAAAAAGUUGAUACUUGUUUCAUGAGAAAAGUUACGUAUCUUUUUUUCGCCCUGUUAUGCCACAGGAGCAAUGUCGAAGACGUUUGACCUUAGUUAGAUCUUCAUUAAAUUAAUGUUCAUA